AUCAAUGUUCAUAGUGUUUGUUCAUAAAAUCGUCACAACGAAAUUCAUUCAGGUGCUUGCAGGCCGAAUCGAUCUCUAAAAUAUUUACAUAAUUUUUCUUCUGAUUGAAAGCAGACAAUUGACACGAUGGAGAUUGAUCACGAUAUUCCGCGGCUGCCAGUUGACACAGAAAGCUAUAAAUUCAAUGGCGAUUGGGAUAUUGUUUACCAUAAGUCACAUAUUUUGAAGUCAAUGUGCACAAAUAAUCACAAAUGUAUUAAAGAUGAUCCGGGAUGCUGUGAACUGUGCUGCUACGAAUUCAAAUUGGAAUUGCCACACUUACCUGAGAUGGUGUUUUCAAAGAAUAAUCUUGUAUUGACACACAAAAAUGGUGCACGCAUCGAAUUCAAUCCGUUGGAUGCACUGGCCAGAGUUAAAAAUGGUAAAUCAUCGAUUCGUGUUGCAUGUGCCGAUGAAUGGAAAAGCAGUCGUGACGACGCAGCCAAUAUGCAAGAGAUUAAGCCGUUCGAUUGGAGUUUUACGACCGAUUAUCAGGGCACAUACAACGAUAAAAUUCGAUGCGAAGACACCGACGCCAAACUAAACAUUUUUAAAUUGAUGCAAAAGGAACGAAUUCUAUUUUAUCAUGAUCUCAGCCUAUUUGAAGAUGAAUUACAUGACCAUGGUAUUGCUGCUUGCUCGGUAAAAAUUCGCGUUAUGCCGUCUGGAUUUUUCAUAUUGCUAUCGUAUUUUCUACGAGUGGAUGGUGUACUAAUACGCAUGAAUGGAACUCGUUUUCACUAUGAAAUUGGCAAUAAUUAUAUUUUGAAAGAGUACACGUCAAGAGAAGCAAAAUUCGAAAGUAUUAAACAUCUUCCCCCGGCCAUUUACACAACGCCAAGCGAAAUCGAAAAGCAUUUAACUAUCACAUUGAAGAAAACACAAAAGCUAUUUUUCGAUUAGAUGAAGUAAGAAUUGUUCAAAAUUGUGAUUCACUCCCUCAAAAUUACGCUGAUGCAAGUGAAAAUUGUACUCUAAAAUAUGAAACUUUAAAUUUUAAUUAAACGCAUAACGUAAUUCGUAAA